GCUGCCGGCUCCGUGUCCGCUCCGUGCCCGCUCCCCGCGGGAGCUGCCGGCCCCGGGAUGAGCCCCUGGCAGCAGCGCCCGCCCAACGCCAGCGCGGCCGGCGGGCCGGGCCCGCGGGGGAACGGCACGGGCCGGGCGGCCGAGCGCGGCAGCGCCGUGUCCGUGGCCAUCCCGCUGACCAUGAUGCUGACGGGCAUCGUGGGCAAUGCCCUGGCCAUGCUGCUCGUGUCCCGCAGCUACCGCGCCAAGGGCAGCCGCAGGAAGCGCUCCUUCCUGCUGUGCAUCGGCUCGCUGGCGCUCACCGACAUGCUGGGCCAGCUGCUCACCAGCCCCAUCGUCAUCUCCGUGUACCUGUCGGGCCGGCCCUGGGCGGCCAUGGACCCCUCGGGCCGCCUCUGCGACUUCUUCGGCUUCAGCAUGACGGUGUUCGGGCUGUGCCCGCUGCUGAUCGCCAGCGCCAUGGCCGUGGAGCGGGCGCUGGCCAUCCGCGCCCCGCACUGGUACGCCAGCCACAUGAGCCCGCGGGCCGCCGAGCGCGGCCUGGCCGCCAUCUGGGCCGCCGGCGUGGCCUUCGCGCUGCUGCCGCUGGCCGGGCUGGGCCGCUACGCGCUGCAGUGGCCCGGCACCUGGUGCUUCAUCAGCACGGCCGGCGGCAGCGCCUUCGCCGCCGCCUUCGCCGCGCUGGGGCUGCUGUCCCUCGUGGUCACCGGCGCCUGCAACCUGGCCACCAUCGAGGCGCUGGUGUCGCGCUGCCGCGCCAAGGCCGGCGCGCCGCAGCCCGGCUCCCGCUGGGGCCGCAUCGCCACCGAGACGCUGCUGCAGCUGCUGGGCAUCAUGUGCGUGCUCUCGGCCUGCUGGGCACCGCUGCUGGUGACCAUGCUGCGGAUGGUGUCGGAGCCGGCCGGGCCGUGCCGGGGCGGCUGGGAGCGCUGGGAGCCGCGCCGGGAGUGCAACCUGCCGCUGACGGCCGUGCGCCUGGCCUCGCUCAACCAGAUCCUGGACCCCUGGGUGUACCUGCUGCUGCGCCGCUUCCUGCUGCGCCGCGUCUGCCAGGCCGCCAGCGCUGUCUCGCACUGCUCCAACGCCGAGUGCAGGGACAGGGACAGGGCCCUCACCCUGUCCGAGGAGAUCCGCCGCACCGCGGCCUAGGGACACUGCACCACGGCCCGGGGACACCACCAUGGCCUGGGGACACUGGGCAAUGGCCUGGGGACACCACCAUGGCCUGGGGACACCACCAUGGCCUGGGGACACCACCAUGGCCUGGGGACACCGCACCGCGGCCCGGGGACACCACCAUGGCCUGGGGACACCACCAUGGCCUAGGGACACCACCAUGGCCUGGGGACACCACCAUGGCCUGGGGACACUGGGCAAUGGCCUGGGGACACCACCAUGGCCUGGGGACACCACCAUGGCCUGGGGACACCACCAUGGCCUGGGGACACUGGGCAAUGGCCUGGGGACACCACCAUGGCCUGGGGACACCACCAUGGCCUGGGGACACCGCACCGCGGCCCGGGGACACCACCAUGGCCUGGGGACACCACCAUGGCCUGGGGACACCGCACCGCGGCCCGGGGACACCACCAUGGCCUGGGGACAUCCAACAAUGGCCUGGGGACACCGCACCGCGGCCUGGGGACACCACCAUGGCCUGGGGACACCGCACCACGGCUUGGGGACAUCCAGCAAUGGCCUGGAGACACUGCACCAUGGCCUGAGGGACAUCCAACAAUGGCCUGGAGACACUGCACCGUGGCUUGGGGACAUCCAGCAAUGUCCUGAGGACACUGCACCACGGCCUGGGGACAUCCAACAAUGGCCUGGGGACAUCCAACAAUGGCCUGGAGACAUCCCACAGUGGCCUGGGGACAUCCAACAAUGGCCUGGGGACACUGCACAAUGGCCUGGGGACAUCCCACAGUGGCCUGAGGGGACAUCCAACAAUGGACUGAGAGGACAUUCCCACAGUGGCCUGAGGGACACUGCACAAUGGCCUGAGGGGACAUUCCCACAGCUCCGGGAGCUGCAGCCACCUGGAAACCCUCCUGGAAUCUGCUCCCUGCUGGCAUCCUCUCGGUGUCACUGCUUGGACCCAGAGUGCCACAUUCUUCCUGCAGAAGUGCUGGGAUACAGCAGGACAGGACACUCCACGGUCACUGGUGGCUGAGCUGCACAAAGGGAUGAGGACAGUCCACGGUCCCUGCAGAACAGGAUGAGGACAGUCCAUGGUCCCUGCAGAAUGGGAUGAGGACAGUCCAUGGUCCCUGCAGAACGGGAUGAGGACAGUCCAUGGUCCCUGCAGAACGGGAUGAGGACAAUCCAUGGUCACUGCAGAAUGGGAUGAGGACAGUCCAUGGUCACUGCAGAACAGGAUGAGGACAGUCCAUGGUCCCUGCAGGAUGGGAUGAGAACGGUCCAUGGUCACUGCCACUGGUGGCUGAGAUGCAGAACUGGAUGAGGACAUUGCAUGGUCCCUGCAAAUAGGAUGAGGACAUUCCCUGGUCACUGCCACUCGUGGUGAGAUGCACAGUGGGAGGUCUUGUGGGCCUAAAGUGGAGCCUGAGGGGGCUUCUCUUGUUUUAAGGUGGAAAAAAUUGCUUUCCUGACAGCCAACAGACUGUAGAGAUGGAAUUACUACGGGGAGUCACUCCUGAGAAUGUUUAAUACUAACAUGUCCUUCAGACAGUCCUUCCUCCUCUUUUCUGGAGGGGCAAGGGGAGACAGGGAGAAAAACUACAGGAAUAAGGAAAAGAAAUGAAAUUUGAUUGGAUUUCAGUGUCUUGAAACUGAGCAGGGGUGGUGGCAGUGGGGGAACAUCCAUCCCUUCCAGGAACUGAAGGCAGCACGAGCUCCUGAGUCACAGAUGUGUGCUGAUAAACACUUGAGGAGGGUUCACACUGGGGCCGGGGGAGAAAUCCCUGAUUUUUCCCUGUGGAAUGCCCAGGCAGGCUGGAAUUGCUGCUUGCACAGCACCCUCGGAGCUGCUGGAGGGAGAGGGGCUGGAGAAGGGGCUGUGCUCGUGCUCUCCUGGGAAGUGCCCCUGUCCAGGCACCAUGGCAAAGUGCUGUGUGAGGAGUGGGGUUGGCACUCGGUCCCUGCAGCGCCCUGCAGGGUGGCCAGAGCAGCUCAGAGAGCUCAGCUCCUCCUCCAGAAACACAAAUGUGGCAGCUCCGGGAGGUUUUAAACUGCAGCAGACUGGAAGUGUCAGAAUUUGUCAGGUCUUUUCCCAAAGAAACUUCCAUGGUUUAGUUACAAACUCAGUUCCAAUCCAUUUGUGCCACAUCUGAAACUUU